GAAAACAGGCUAGACUAGAGGCUACACAUGUUGGGACAGAGGUAUCCGUAGGCUAUAGUCGAUUCUUCUCAUCUUAACUGCUUCUCACCGUUUUUCCCAUGGCGUAUGCUGCCUAUUGGAUGAGCCUUCAGAGAACAGCUCCUAGUACCACACUUGGAGAGCAGCAGGUGGAUGACAGGCCCUAUAAUACUCGAGCUGCUGCAGCCUCUAAGGCUCAGUCGCAGCCUAGACAGUACUCACCCACUUCAGUGGCACAGGUUGCUGUGAAUCCAGCACAAUUUGAGAGUGCAUCUGCCGCCUCCACCAUGGCUACAAAGCCAGGGGCGGUGUCCGUCACAAUGGGUGGUGCCACAGCAAGUGGUGCCACAGCGGGAGGAAGUCCUACUACAGCAGGGACAACACAAAGAGGAACGGCCAAAGUGGCGAUGCCAGAGACGGCACUCGUCUCUCCAGCAGGUGCUACUAUUAUUGACAUACCAACACCUGGGACCAAAGGCAGUCCUAAAGACACCCCAAAGCCAGCACCCAUGAACCCAGCCAAAGCUACACCUCCUACCACGGGAGGAGGCAAUAUUGUAGGGGAGGCGACAAAUCCAUGGAAAGCUGAAGUACCAAAACUUCAAGAGUCUCUGAAACAGACAGCCAAGACUGUGCCCACCACAUCAAGCAAAGUUGACAUGGCUAAAAAGGAUCCUGCUAAGUUGGUUACGGCUGUUGCUGCACCAGCUGCCGCGGCUGGAGAUGCCUCUCUGAAGGGGCCACAGACUAAGGUACAGGUGGAAGUAGUUCCCCCAGGAGCUAUGGCAGCCAAAGAGCCGGCACCCAUGCACCCAGCCAAAGCUACACCUCCUACCAUGGGAGGAGGCAAUAUUGUAGGGGCGGCGACAACUCCAUGGAAAGCUGAAGUACCAAAGCUUCAAGAGUCUCUGAAACAGACAGCCAAGACUGUGCCCACCACAUCAAGCAAAGUUGACAUGGCUAAAAAGGAUCCUGCUAAGUUGGUUACGGCUGUUGCUGCACCAGCUGCCGCGGCUGGAGAUGCCUCUCUGAAGGGGCCACAGACUAAGGUACAGGUGGAAGUAGUUCCCCCAGGAGCUAUGGCAGCCAAAGAGCCGGCACCCAUGCACCCAGCCAAAGCUACACCUCCUACCAUGGGAGGAGGCAAUAUUGUAGGGGCGGCGACAACUCCAUGGAAAGCUGAAGUACCAAAGCUUCAAGAGUCUCUGAAACAGACAGCCAAGACUGUGCCCACCACAUCAAGCAAAGUUGACAUGGCUAAAAUGGAUCCUGCUCAGUUAGUUACGGCUGUUGCUGCACCAGCUGCCGCAGCUGGAAAUGCCUCUCUGAAGGGGCCACAGACUAAGGUACAGGUGGAAGUAGCUCCCCCAGGAGCUAAGGCAGCCAAAGAGGAGCUUGCUGUGGACCCGUUCGAUGCCCUGGCUGAUUCCUUACCCUCAUCAGAGUCUUUCGCCCCUGCAGCCCAUGUAUACACCGGGGCAGAGGUGAUAGAGCAUGGAUUGACCUCAAAGAAGGGAGUGAUAUGUGGGGGGAAAGACUGCCCACUGCCCCCAGGAUACCGAUUUGAAGACAUGGCCCCAGUUGCAGAUGUCAAGCCAAAAGAUGUCCCGAAACCCAUGAGCACAGAUGAGGCUCUGGACUCCCUGUCCUUUGGGUUCACAACAUCUAUGGCUCCCAUCCCUCAGAAACAGGAGAAGAAAGUGGAAGACUUGGGUGCCAUUGAUGCCUUGUCUGCUGGCUUCUCAAACUUUGCUCCACCUCCACCUGCUACCAUCAAGAAAUCUGAAGAGUUUAAGUCUGCGCCUGUGACCAAGUCUCCUGCUCCCCCCGUUGACAAGAAAGCUAAGGUGGAAAAGUUUGCUGAUGACUUCUCUCUGAUGUCAGGAUUGGACUCCCCACUGGACACCAAGCCCAAGACAGAUGAGACUGUGCCCACCACAUCAAGCAAAGUUGACAUGGCUAAAAAGGAUCCUGUUAAGUUGGUUACGGCUGUUGCUGCACCAGCUGCCGCGGCUGGAGAUGCCUCUCUGAAGGGGCCACAGACUAAGAAAGUUGAGGAUUUCGCUUCUGUUGAUGCCUUGUCUGCUGGCUUUUCCAACUUUGCUCCACCUCCACCCGCUCCCAUCAAGAAAUCUGAAGAGUUUAAGUCUGCGCCUGUGACCAAGUCUCCUGCUCCCCCCGUUGACAAGAAAGCUAAGGUGGAAAAGUUUGCUGAUGACUUCUCUCUGAUGUCAGGAUUGGACUCCCCACUGGACACCAAGCCCAAGACAGAUGAGACUGUGCCCACCACAUCAAGCAAAGUUGACAUGGCUAAAAAGGAUCCUGUUAAGUUGGUUACGGCUGUUGCUGCACCAGCUGCCGCAGCUGGAAAUGCCUCUCUGAAGGGGCCACAGACUAAGGUACAGGUGGAAGUAGUUCCCCCAGGAGCUAUGGCAGCCAAAGAGCCGGCACCCAUGCACCCAGCCAAAGCUACACCUCCUACCACGGGAGGAGGCAAUAUUGUAGGGGAGGCGACAACUCCAUGGAAAGCUGAAGUACCAAAGCUUCAAGAGUCUCUGAAACAGACAGCCAAGACUGUGCCCACCACAUCAAGCAAAGUUGACAUGGCUAAAAUGGAUCCUGCUCAGUUAGUUACGGCUGUUGCUGCACCAGCUGCCGCAGCUGGAAAUGCCUCUCUGAAGGGGCCACAGACUAAGGUACAGGUGGAAGUAGCUCCCCCAGGAGCUAAGGCAGCCAAAGAGGAGCUUGCUGUGGACCCGUUCGAUGCCCUGGCUGAUUCCUUACCCUCAUCAGAGUCUUUCGCCCCUGCAGCCCAUGUAUACACCGGGGCAGAGGUGAUAGAGCAUGGAUUGACCUCAAAGAAGGGAGUGAUAUGUGGGGGGAAAGACUGCCCACUGCCCCCAGGAUACCGAUUUGAAGACAUGGCCCCAGUUGCAGAUGUCAAGCCAAAAGAUGUCCCGAAACCCAUGAGCACAGAUGAGGCUCUGGACUCCCUGUCCUUUGGGUUCACAACCUCUAUGGCUCCCAUCCCUCAGAAACAGGAGAAGAAAGUGGAAGACUUGGGUGCCAUUGAUGCCUUGUCUGCUGGCUUCUCAAACUUUGCUCCACCUCCACCUGCUACCAUCAAGACUGUGCCCACCACAUCAAGCAAAGUUGACAUGGCUAAAAAGGAUCCUGCUCAGUUGGUUACGGCUGUUGCUGCACCAGCUGCCGCGGCUGGAGAUGCCUCUCUGAAGGGGCCACAGACUAAGAAAGUUGAGGAUUUCGCUUCUGUUGAUGCCUUGUCUGCUGGCUUUUCCAACUUUGCUCCACCUCCACCCGCUCCCAUCAAGAAAUCUGAAGAGUUUAAGUCUGCGCCUGUGACCAAGUCUCCUGCUCCCCCCGUUGACAAGAAAGCUAAGGUGGAAAAGUUUGCUGAUGACUUCUCUCUGAUGUCAGGAUUGGACUCCCCACUGGACACCAAGCCCAAGACAGAUGAGACUGUGCCCACCACAUCAAGCAAAGUUGACAUGGCUAAAAAGGAUCCUGUUAAGUUGGUUACGGCUGUUGCUGCACCAGCUGCCGCAGCUGGAAAUGCCUCUCUGAAGGGGCCACAGACUAAGGUACAGGUGGAAGUAGUUCCCCCAGGAGCUAUGGCAGCCAAAGAGCCGGCACCCAUGCACCCAGCCAAAGCUACACCUCCUACCACGGGAGGAGGCAAUAUUGUAGGGGAGGCGACAACUCCAUGGAAAGCUGAAGUACCAAAGCUUCAAGAGUCUCUGAAACAGACAGCCAAGACUGUGCCCACCACAUCAAGCAAAGUUGACAUGGCUAAAAUGGAUCCUGCUCAGUUAGUUACGGCUGUUGCUGCACCAGCUGCCGCAGCUGGAAAUGCCUCUCUGAAGGGGCCACAGACUAAGAAAUCUGAAGAGUUUAAGUCUGCGCCUGUGACCAAGUCUCCUGCUCCCCCCGUUGACAAGAAAGCUAAGGUGGAAAAGUUUGCUGAUGACUUCUCUCUGAUGUCAGGAUUGGACUCCCCACUGGACACCAAGCCCAAGACAGAUGAGGGUGGCUCCAUGUCCCUGGAUGCUCUCAGUGCUCUGGGAGACUCUCUGCCUGCUCCAGAACUAGCACCUGAACCUCCCAAGAUCAGACAUGAGGACAUAGUCACGGAGGGCAAACUCACAUCGAAGAAGGGAGUGUUUGUGGGUGAGCGAGAUGACACACUCCCACCAAAGUACAGGUUAACAGAAAACAAAGUCAAAGACCUGCCUCCUCUGAAGCCAGAGCCCUCCAUGGACUCUGGUGAGGCUCUGGAGAUCUUGUCAGGUGACUUCAUGUCUUCCUGUGUGGCUCCAGUUGUCCAGGCUCCUGUCCUCUGCCCCCCAGCCCCUCCCACACAGGCCUCAGAUGACUUUGCCUUGGAUGCUCUGGCAGGGGACUUUGUAGCCCCAGCUGUUGCUCCUGCAGUCAAAUCUGCUGUUGACCGCCAGCUAUCUAGAGGGACAGUAGAUGCUUUGGAUACCUUGUCAGACUCACUGAUGGACAAGACUCCUAUCCCAGAGCCUGCUCCUGUCUCAGUCAGAGACAUCGUCAAGGAGAAAAAGAUUAUGGAGGAGAAGCUUACCAAAGUGGGGGAGAGGGAUGACAGCCUUCCAGCUGAGUACCGGCCCACAGAGAGGGACCGAAAGGCAAUGGCAGAGGCCAAAGUCCAGGCUGAUGUUAGACCCAAGCAGCCAUCGAUGGAUGACAGUGAGGCCCUUGACCUCUUGUCUAGAGACUUGUCUUUCUCAGCUGGUCCAGCUGCAGCCUCAGUAGCCGUGACAACAGAGCAGAGACAGCCCAGACUGGAGCCCAUGUCUGCCCCUGUCCUGGAUGACCUGGCAGGCACCCUGCUCCCAGACACCCCCGAGUUCAAAUCCAAGGGAGACAAGCCAAAGAGCAAGAGCAAGUCAAGGUCAAAGUCAAAGAAACAAAGGGAGGAGGAUCCGUCAUCCAUAGACCACCUGUCUGGACAGCUGAGUUCAGAUGUAGUGUCAGCAUCCACAAAUAAGGGUGGCAAGAGCUAGACAUCUAUGUUUCUAGCGCACUACAUGUCCCCUUCCACACGGUGGCGUCACUCGAGGGAGCUGCUAUGAAUGAUUCUAUUUUUCUAAAUGGUGGAGAACAUAUACUGGAUAAAAAACAAACAUGACCACACACUUACACACAUGCGCAUGUGCACACACACACCACAGUGUGCAAUGACUUUCCUGCUUGCUUUCGCAAAUGACAGAAGAUUGUACUAGUUUUGGUUUCUUUCAUUUGAGAUGAGGAGAGCAAAAUAAAGAGAGAGCGAGCGAGGGAGGGAGUUUGUCCUGACUUAUUUCCCAGGAUUGACAGAGAAUCUGUCCAAUCCUGUAAGGAAAAUUAAAUCUGGGCUUUGCCCACAAGUGGCCUGACUGACUGUCCAUCCUAGCUAACUGUCUGCAUUGCCCCAACGUUGCAGUGACGUUGCUGCAGCGUUGGGGGUAAUAGUGAGUGUCAUGUGUUUAGGAACAGUAUAUAGGGGUUAUGUAGGUUUGGGAUGUCUGUCUAAUCUUGAUGUACUCAGAAAAGUGAGUUUUAUCUUAAGUGGACACCCACCAUAAUACACUAGUGUACAGCAUAGUCUGCUCAAUAUUGAAACGUAUAAAAGGAUUUACAGGAAAUUAUCUGCUUGAUACGGAUGCAUCUGAGAGCAAUUCUAUAUAUUUACUUUCUGUAAAGCAAUAUAUAUUAAGAAGGGUUUAUAUAUGUGUGUACUUUGCCUUAUAAAAGCAUUUAUUGGUUUCAACUUCUGUGUCCACCUUCUAACUUAGGCAGUCACUACGUCUGUAAACUGUCUUUGUUUGUAUACUGUAAAGACUUGCUCUAGAUAUGAGGACACUGUAAUUUACACAGUUUAAAGGGCUAUCACUUCUAGUCAAAAAGACCAAAGCUUUGUAGAUUAUUUCCCCAAGAUGGUAUCACAGAAUUCUACAUAUUUAGGUGCAGGUCUCAAACUUGAAACUUGAGAGAUAUUUUGGAAAUGGGAAUUCUAAUUAAAUAAAUACAAAUAUGUGAAUAAUAAUUGUGUUGUGUGUAUUCAGCAUUCAUGUGUCUGAAGUAACUCCUUGUGCCACCCUCAACAACCGAAAACAGAAACAUGCUUUUUGUAGCUAACAUGGGGUAACCUAAAAUGUACAUUGCCAAUAAAUAAAUGACUGCCUAUAACAAGA